UAAACACACCCUGUUUGACAAUAAAUACUACUGUUGUUGUUACACAGUUUCACUCACAGUUUGUGAGUGUGUUUGUUUCACAGCAGUGGAGAAUAUUCAAUGGGAAACUCAUAUUUCUUAAACUUUUUUUUACUUUGUUUUAUUUGGACAGAGAGUGACUGUGUUACAUUUUUUGGUUGUUAAAAGUGACAUUAUUUUAUAUAGUGCAUUUAUAGGAGGAAAGAAGAUCAGGUGUAACAGACUGAAAACUGCAGAGCCUGUUGUAAGAUAUAAGAAAGGAUGGUUGAUGUCACAGCUGAUGGGGCUCUCGCAGCUAUGGAGACCAGUCUGCACAAAGACCUCCAGGCUCUUCUCAAAGGGAUGAACAGCCGAAGUGGUUCCCUGAAAGGAAUGUUAAGGUGGAAUCUGGAGAAGAAGAUAAAGACUGAUCCAUCCUGCAGUGUUUCACUGAUCACAGUGCUGGUCAAAGAGCUGGAGAAGAAGCUAAAGAGGGUUGGCCAAAAUAUCCAUGAAAGGCCAUUCUCCAUGCAUAUCAUCCCAAUGCUGCACACUCUCUAUUAUACGGCUCUUCAGUCAGGUUUCAUGAUUCCUACCAGCCUUUACAAGAGAGUGUAUAAAUGCUUGACAAAUCUGCUGAUAUUACCGUUGCCUCUCUCUGCUGUGGCCCUGAGCACGCUGAAGAGCAUCAAAAUGGAAAUGACCACUCCAGGCUCUUUAUAUCAGAGAAGAAUCAUUGCAGAACAGAACUUGAGGAAUAAGCAUUUCACCUUGCAGGAAAAGGUGUUCGUGCUUGCAGACCCAGCUGUGUUCUCGGCUCCACUGGAAGCAACAGUGAGAGCGUAUUUGGAGGUGUCCAGCUCGUUCAGGGACACACCAACCAUUGAGAAAAAUCUGAUAAUACAUGUGCUGCAGAAGGGACUGGGGACGGCAUGCCAAAGCUCCAGACUGGCUCAAGCUUUGGAGGCUUUAGGAGACCAAAUGGUAGCAAAGCAUUUCGAUAGAGUGGUCUUAGUCAUGGAACAGAGUAUAAGGCACGGUGCAGCUGGUUCUGCAGCCUAUAUGAACAGACUACAACACAUACACGGAGACAUCCUGACUGCUGUUAAAGAUGAAAGAACUGAGGAAGAUUAUGGCUCUGUGUGCAGCAGGGCAGUGCCCUUUCCAGAGAUCAAAUUCCACUUGUGGGAAAAUGAAGAUGAUCUUUGGAAUCUGCUGGCAAACUUCACCCUGCGUUCUCACUCUAGUGUUGAUGAGGAGGAGAGGGAGAAGAGGGACUCAUUUCAAUCUGAGGAUAGCGGGAUAGAGACAUAUCUAAAGCAGAGUGACUUUGAUGACACAGAGCAGCCUCUGGUCAGAAAAUAUGGGUCAGCAUUCUCACGGAGAAAUGCCUUUAAGAGCACGAAAUCAGCGGACAAACUGAGUCUAAUGAAGGAGAAGAUCGACACGUCUCCUGGAAGCGCUCCUGUCCUCAAAGAAGACAGGAGGUGUCACACAGCACGGGUGGUGAUAAUGGGGGAUGAUCGUGUGCUGGGAAGGCUAACCAGGGCUUAUCACUCUAUGCGAGAGAGAGAGUCAAAAUGUCGUGUUUUGACCAAGAAACUGAACCUACAGUUGUACUACAUCCCAGUCAUGGAUGUGGAGCCUUUGCUCAGUUCACCUGACAGCUCAUGUCAGGAAGAGGGGAGAUUGUCUCUCGCCUCCUUAUUGGGAAGAGUGGAUCCAUGGUACAACAGUAACAUCAACAGCCUGAGAACUGAAAUCUCCAAACUGGCUCACACUAAUCAAAACGAGCCUUUGGAGCAAAACCUCCUCCUACUGGACACUCUGUGUUACUACCUUCGCUGUGGGACACACCCAGUUAAUCUACCGCUGUAUUCUGCUAAGAUGACUCGCUCCAGCUGUGAUGUAAAGUCUGUGGUGGAGGAGGUGUUUGUGUCCCAUCUGGAGGCAGACAUCCCAGAGUUCAGACACCUCAAAGAAAAGAAAAAGGGACCUUCAGCAAGCAGGAAGAAGUCAAGAGUGGUAGUCUUUGGGGCGGUCAUCACAGUGAAGUAUAUAAAGACCUCUUUAAGCAAACGAGAAGUUGUGAAGGGAGAAGCACCCAUGACCUGUGGUGUGGUGGUUACAUCAGAGCCAGCAGCAGUAACACCAGGUCAGGAUUGUCUUACUGUCAGUUUUGACAGUGUGAACCCAGAGUUCAGCACAAAAAUCCAAACACAAAACAUCAGCAUCAAGACAAUGGAGCAUCGAACACUCUCUGUGUGUCUGGACAAGGACUCUCGCAGGAUAUACACUGAUGUCCAGAGGAUAGAAAUUUCUCCGUGCUUGGACCCAGGAUGUAAUAUCCGCUCCAGGUUCAGUAUUGGUGACGAGCGAGAGCUGCCUCUGAACAAGUACCUGGAUAAAGUCCUGUCACUGCCAAUCAACACCUUCACUGGUGUGACCCUCUGAGGGACACUGAGCUGUUUACUACAUGUGUACAGAUAACAUAUACUGCUGUAUAUAAUAUUCUAUCAGCAUUUACACAGUGAUAGAAAAUUAUGUUGCAUGUUUUCAGUGUUAGCAAAUCUUUUUAUUGUAUUGUAUUAACCAUACUGCAAGUGUUAUUGUCAUGUCAAGCCUUUAGGAUCCUAUUAUUUGAUGAUAUGGGUUCAGUGCCUUUUUCAUGUGAAAAACAACUCCAGCUGGUAGAGUGAUGAGUAAUGUAAAAAUGAAGUUAGGUGUGCAUCAACAAUCAGUGGUGGAAGAAGUACUCAGAUCCUUCACUCAAGUAAAAGUAAUAAUACCUCAGCUUAAUAAAACAAGUGAAGUCCUGCAAAAGUAUUACAAGAAAAAUGUACUUAAAGUAUCAAAAGUAAAAGAAGGUCUACUCAUUAUAUACAAAGGCCUCUUUCAGAGUGUUAAAUCACACACAAUUUAAUGAUCGUGUACAGCAAGAUAGUAAAUAAAAUUUGGGGCUUGGGCUUUAUCACUUUACCAUUCUUGUAAGUACAUGUUGACAUGGUGAUUUCAUUUAAAUCCCAGCAGAGUUUUGUACAACUACAAACACAUAACUGAAAGCACACAGGGUCUCUGCAUGUGGGCAUGCAGGGUCUUUAUUGUAUAACAAUACAUCAUAAGCAACUAGUAGCUUUCAAAUAAAUGGAACAAAUCAAAAGGACAAUAUUUUCCUCUGAGCUGCAGUGGAAAAUAAAGUUUAUCAUGUAUUGCUUAAGCAUCUGUUCACUAAGAUGGUCAGUUUUGUUGUGAUGGAAGAUUUACUGAAAAUUCUCUGUGCUGAGAGGACAAAUAUAAGCAUUCAAACCAUUUGACAUGAAUUUAAGAAUCUGGUAAAUAAAACUUCCCUUGAAUGUGUUCCUAUUGAACUGUUUUCUUGUAUUUGGGAAAUGAACAGCGCUUUGGUGCCUGAAAAAAUACCCAGCUCCACUUUCACACACAAAUCUUAUUCACUCAGUUUAAAUCAUCUUUUUAUUCAGA